CUGUGAACGUAUGUGCCCUCGGGAGCCACGAGUGCCAGCAGGUCUGUGUGAGCAACGGCAGAUCCUACCUUUGUGACUGCUAUGCAGGCUACACUCUGAAUCCAGAUAAGAGAACCUGCUCAGCUGUGGACACAUGUGCACCUGGAAGACACGAGUGUGAUCAGAUCUGCGUGAGUAACAACGGAUCCUAUGCCUGUGACUGCUAUGAAGGCUACACCCUGAAUCCAGAUAAGAAGACCUGCUCAGCUGUUGACAUGUGUGCACCUGGAAGGCAUGACUGUGAGCAGGUCUGUGUGAGAGAUGAUCUGUUCUACACCUGUGACUGCUACCAAGGUUACACCCUCAAUCCAGACAAGAAGACUUGCUCAAGAAUGGAUGUAUGUGCACCAGGAAUCCAUGACUGUGAGCAGGUCUGGGUGAUCGUAUCCCUGUGGAUCAUAUAGGAGGUGGAUUAUACCUGUACCUGCUAUGAAAGCUUUACCUUUAAACUAGAUAAGAAAACAUGCUCAAGAGCCAUAACGAGCAGUCUCGUAACAACCGAAGAGUCCUGUAAGUGUGAAGCCAUAGCUGCCCUCCAGGACUCAGUCACCUCACGCCUUGAAGCUUUGUCCACAAAAUUAGACGAAGUGUCUGAGAAGCUGCAGGUGUAUCAAGACAGACAGGAGGUUGUCUGA